CCUCCUCCCAGGUUCCUGGCCCCAGGGGCUGAGGCUUCCUGCUCCCUGCAGGUAACAAGGUGAAGCCAUGUGGUGGCUGGUCCCUCUGGCCCUGUGGCUGGCCUGGACCGGCCGGGGCAGCAGUGUGGACCUCUCAGAGGCUCAGAGCCGGGGCCUGCAGGUGGCCUUGGACGAGUUCCACAAGCAUCCGCCUGUGCAGUGGGCCUUCCAGGUGACCAGCAUGGACAUCGCCUCGGAUGUGCCCUUCCCCUCAGGGACUUUUGUGAGGCUGGAAUUUAAGCUCCAGCAGACCAGCUGCCGCAAGAAGGACUGGAAGACGGUGGAGUGUGGCCUCAAGCGGAAUGGGAGAAAGAGGUACUGCCUGGCCUGCAUCAAACUAGACUUCGAGGGGAAGGUCCUGGGCCGGAUGGUCCACUGCCCCAUCCAGACGCAGGCCCCAUGGGAGCCGGAGCGGCACAUGGAGGCUCGCUGCAGCAAGGUGGAGCAGGCAGGCGAGGACCCCAGCGGCCUGCCUGGACGCUUCGCUUUCUCCAGGGGCCUGGCCGGCAGCUGAGCCCACAGGAUCCGCUCUCUCUGUGGACAGCUGUGGCCACCUUCCUCCCCACAACCCCCCACUACUGGGACCAAUAAACCAUGUCCCACCCCCA